AUGUCCACCGCACUCCCGCACGUUAUUGCUUUCCUCUCCCGUGGUCUCUUGGCCAAAUUCUCUCCUGGCGCUGUGACGUCUCUGCAACUCAUCCUCGCCGCCUCCCUGCGCUCCGCCCCGUCGACCGCGACCUUCAUCCUCACCCCGGCAACGGGCACUCUCCCCGCACCCCUGCGCGCCGCGUCGAACGGCUCCGGCAUCCCCUGGUCCUCCUGGUUCUCCAUUCUGAGCGGCGGCGCCGCACGCGUGCUGCUGUUCUACGGCCCCGACUACGUCAAGCUGCGCAUCGGCGACGCUGCGCUCGUGGACCUGUGGCGCGCGCGUGCCCCUGCCGCGGCGGCGCGUGCUGCGAAGCCGCUGUCCGUGUUGAAGGGCGUCGCGCACCCCCUGCUGCAGGCGAACACCGGCGCACGGCUGCGUGCUGCGCUGCUCUCUGCGCGUGUCCGGCACAGCCGCCGCCUCGAGCUCGAGCUCGAGGCGGCCAGCGUGCCCGAUGCGAUGGAGCUUUCGGAUUCGGACGACUCGGACGACUCGGAGUCGGAUAUGGACUCGUACGAGUCGCGAUCCACUGUCGAGUCGGAUUCAGACGUCGAGUCCCCUUCGUCGUUCUACUCGUAUGACGGCUUCGACGCGGACUCGGACUCGGAUUCGGAUUGCGACGAACUGAUCUCAGCCUCAGAUUGCGACUCGGACGUCGCUACCUGGUCGCCCUCACCCGCUGUUAAAGCCCAGACCUAUGUCUACCAAGGCGGCGUCACGCGCGUCACCUCGGGUGGUGUUAUGCUGGGAUCUGCCAGUGCUUCCUCCAAGCGCUGGUAA